UUGGAGGUUUCGCGUAUCGGGCUAGGAUGCAUCGUCUUUUUUACUGAGCUGGAGCCAUCUAUUACUGUCACCGAGCAAAACCUGGCAGACCGAGUUCGGUAUAUCUUACGCUCAAAUAUAUUUGAUGGCGCCGAACUCGAACGGCUACGACGUGAGGCUGUUCCCUCAUCAAAUGAAAACGCUACGACUGAGGGUGCGGUGCCACAAGUUGCAGAACAACCCGCACACGUGGAUGCCGCCGAGAAUACCCCAGUGGUUGCUGAUUCAAAUGAUGAUGGAACAUUCACCCAGGAACUAGAAAUAGAGCAAAUGAGGAGUACAUUGGAAGAGGCGAUUAUGGAAACGCGCAGUACGCCUCUCGAAAAUCGACCGCGACUUCCCCGCAUAGCCCUAAGCAAGCGGAAUCGGGCCGUCGUGAGGGCUCUGAACCCAAUGCUGGUGACCUAUUUGGAAGCCAGCCGGGACCUUUGCGAGACGGACUCAAUUCUCUUUGGCGCCGCACUGGCAGUCUGCCGUAUUAUAGGCGCCAAACUUUCCACGGCUGGACGCACUACUGGACAAAGUAGUGCUAUCCCAGCCUGGAGAACAAGAAUUGAAGAACGUAUCGCAAAGGCUAGGGCCCUCAUCGGCAGACUGAUAUGCUUCAGGUCAGGCAAUACCAGGCCAAGGAUUGUGCGCACCGUCAGGAUGGCGUUUGCUGGGACAAAUGUUAGUUUGUCCCAGCCGGAUAUAAUGCAAAAACUGACGGAGCGCAUAGACGACCUGAAGCAGAGAAUCGCUGCUUGGGGAAAGCGAAUUCGGCGAUAUACCGAGAGGUCGACACGGUUCAACCAGAAUCGUCUCUUCCAGAGUGAUCAGAAGAGGCUCUAUAAAUCAUUGGAGCGACCAAUGGUAAGUGGAACGGGCCCAGUACCGAAUCAGGCCGACACGGUCGCAUUCUGGCGCAGCCUGUGGUCAGAGCCCGUAAACCACAACGAGGGCCCUUGGACGGAAGUUGUGGCGAGUCAGUGUGCGGGUAUUACGCCCAUGGACCCCGUCACCAUAACGCCGGGUGACGUAGCUGAGGCGGUCCGUAGGGCCCCGAACUGGAAAAGUCCGGGACUCGACGGGCUGCAUCACUACUGGCUGAAGGGGUUCGUGGGAAUUGACGACCCCAUCGCCCGCUGA